UGUUGGUGAAGGAAACGGAAGCCGCGCGUGUAAUCGAGGGGGAGCUACUGAGCAGCACCGUCCGAGGAAGCCCCGAAGGAUGCCCGUCUUUCAGAGGACCAAGCCGUAACCUCGCCUCUGGACUGCGACCCUCCUGCUGCUCUCCUCCAGCAUGCGGUGACUGAGAUUGAGGCCCUGAAGGCACAGUGGAUCCGGUGGCAGCAGCGUGCAUCGAGUUUAGAUGAAGGAUGAAGAGCCCGGUGCACAGAUGCAGGGAUGUGGAGCACGGGCGCGGACAGGGCCGGACCGGGUCUGGGACCAGCUGCCUCCAGGCCGAGCAGCGCAUCCCUAUCUCCAAAGACGUCAUCACUUCCUCCGCGGCCUCCGCCAUGUGGUUCAUCAGGGACGUCUGUGGCAUCGUGUGCGCCGCCAUCACCUGGCUGCUGGUGCUGUACGCAGACUUUGUGGUGCUGUUCGUGAUGCUGCUGCCCUCCAAGAAUCUGACCUACAGCAUCGUGAACGGGACCCUGUUCAACAUUCUGGCCUUCCUCGCCCUCGCCUCACACAUCAGGGCCAUGUGCACUGACCCUGGGGCGGUGCCAAAAGGGAACGCCACCAAGGAAUACAUAGAAAGCCUUCAGCUGAAACCAGGCCAGGUGGUCUACAAAUGCCCCAAGUGCUGCAGCAUCAAGCCUGAUCGAGCACACCACUGCAGUGUUUGUAAACGCUGCGUACGCAAGAUGGACCACCACUGCCCCUGGGUCAACAACUGUGUUGGGGAGAGCAACCAGAAGUACUUUGUGCUCUUCACAAUGUACAUUGCACUUGUGUCCCUCCACUCUCUGCUCAUGGUGAUCUUCCAUUUCCUCUACUGCUUUGAAGAUGAUUGGACAAAGUGCAGUUCCUUCUCUCCUCCAGCAACAGUCAUCCUCCUCAUCCUCCUGUGCUUUGAGGGUCUCCUCUUCCUCGUCUUCACCUCUGUGAUGUUCGGCACCCAAGUCCACUCCAUCUGUACCGACGAGACCGGCAUAGAGCAGUUGAAAAAGGAAGAGAGAAGAUGGGCUAAAAAAACUAAGUGGAUGAACAUGAGGGCGGUAUUUGGACACCCUUUCUCCUUUUUGUGGUUUAGUCCGUUCUCUACCCCUGACCAUGGGAAGGCUGAGACCUAUCAGUAUGUGGUGUGAUCGAGGCGGCCGGGUCAGGACACAAGUGGGAAGCCCCGCCCACCCCCGUAGAGCUCAGCUGUGGCAGCCCAGUGCUGAACACGAUCUCCAUUGCAUGUCCCCACACAUUAGCCACGGACAGCUUCCCAUCUGCUGCUUGUUUUGCCAUCCAAGUGCGCUUUACGUUUAUUUUUGUGUUGCCUUGUGGAGUUGCAGAGAAAAAGAAAGCACUUUUCAUUUUGCCAAUCCUGUUUGAAAACACUGUGAUGAAUCAGUUUGAGGUUUUUCUUUCUAUAUCUGUUGUACCAGAAGCCCUUUUCUUAUCUUGAACUAUGUUUACCCUUGCUUUUCCUUUUUAUAGAGUUAAUUCAGUUAAAUUCCAAAGAAGACGUUGUCUCACGAUCCCUAGUGAAGUCUGGCCAUGCUGGUAGUUUGAGGCCCCCCCCCCCCAAUCUGACAAACAAAUAUGUUUCUUUUGUUAAUCUACAACAUUUCAGAGAAUAGUGUUCAAUUGACCUGUUUAGUUCAAAUAAAACCCAAACUAUCUGCAUGGCUACAAACUAGUGAUAAGUGGAACAAUGUCUUUUAUGCAAUUGGGACGAGUUGAGCCUUUUUUAAAGCAUCCUCUGGUCAGACAGUAAUCAGUGUUCCAGAUGUGGCCUCUGGAAUGGAUGGGAUGAAUGGUUCCAACAGGUUCAUCUGAUCCAUUCUGCAGGCUUGAACCCACCGGGAGCGUGACUCACGGCCACCAACCGUUCUGAACACUUCAGCUGUAACACAUAUUCAGUAAAACCAGGAUCCUAUUGGCCCAGAGCGUUAGCGCUUUAGAACGUUAGAGAUUUAGAGCGUUAGAGCUAUAGGCUUUAGAGCGUUAGAGCUUUAGAGACUUAACGGCUAUAGGCUUUAGAGCGUUAGAGACUUAAAGCUAUGGGCUUUAGAGCGGUAGAGCUUUAGAGACUUAACGCUAUGGGCUUUAGAGCUUUAGAGACUUAACGCUAUGGGCUUUAGAGCUUUAGAGACUUAACGCUAUGGGCUUUAGAGACUUAACGCUAUGGGCUUUAGAGCUUUAGAGACUUAAAGCUAUGGGCUUUAGAGACUUAAAGCUAUGGGCUUUAGAGACUUAAAGCUAUGGGCUUUAGAGACUUAACGCUAUGGGCUUUAGAGCGUUAGAGCUUUAGAGACUUAACGCUAUAGGCUUUAGAGCGUUGGAGCUUUAGAGACUUAACGGCUAUAGGCUUUAGAGCGUUAGAGCUUAAGAGACUUAAAGCUAUGGGCUUUAGAGCUUUAGAGACUUAACGCUAUGGGCUUUAGAGCGUUAGAGCUUUAGAGACUUAACGCUAUAGGCUUUAGAGCUUUAGAGACUUAACGGCUAUAGGCUUUAGAGCGUUAGAGACUUAACGCUAUAGGCUUUAGAGCGUUAGAGCUUUAGAGACUUAAAGCUAUGGGCUUUAGAGCUUUAGAGACUUAACGCUAUGAGCUUUAGAGACUUAAAGCUAUGGGCUUUAGAGCUUUACAACGUUAGAGAAUUAGAGCAUUAGAAAUUUAGAACAUUAGAGAUUUAGAAAUUUAGAGCUUUACAGCGUUAGAGAUUUAGAGUGUUAGAGCUAUGGGCUUUAGAGCGUUAGAGCUUUAGAACCUUAGAGCUAUGGGCUUUAGAGCGUUAGAGCUUUAGAGACUUAAAGCUAUGGGCUUUAGAGCUUUAGAGACUUAACGCUAUGAGCUUUAGAGACUUAAAGCUAUGGGCUUUAGAGCUUUACAACGUUAGAGAAUUAGAGCAUUAGAAAUUUAGAACAUUAGAGAUUUAGAAAUUUAGAGCUUUACAGCGUUGGAGCUUUAAAGUGUUAGAGCUAUGGGCCUUGGAGCGUUAGAGCUAAUUCUUGAGUUUCCUUCCCGUAAAACGCUGUGAGUGAAUUCUAGUUCCCUCCGUGAAACAGUGAGGCAGUGAUUAGAGUCCUGGUUCAGACUACGGAGCCUCAUAUGUCGUGAUUGGUUGAUGCUUUAAAUCAUGCCGUGAAAGCUCAGAACAAUUGUCCCAAUAAUAAUACACAUUUUGCUGCAUCAUAUUCGCAUUCUGUGAAAAAAUAAAUAUAUAUUUUGUACUGCCCCUGGUGUGUAAAGGCCUUUAGGCUGACCCUUUUUAAAUGGUGCCAAAUACAACACCUAAAGGAACAGUGCCAACAUUAUUGGGGAUGUUUGGUAUAGUAUCUUAGAUAGAUCACUUUGUGCAAAACUAAGUAAUUAUACUUUUUUCCGCCCAUCAGCUCAGGGCCUAGGCCAAUCGAUUCCCUGCAAUACCGGUGCUCUGUUUACCCCUGGAUCAUUUCAAUGAUACAAUAAUCAAUGAUCCGUACAAUAAUAGUCUGAUGGCCUGAGAGUAGGCAGCCUCGUAGUGUUCCUGUGACGCACUGGUCCAAGAGAUGUCUGACGGUGUUGUAUUUGAGCCUCACGUGACGGAGGAAGUGGCCUUUUUGAGAAAACUACAGACGAGGCCCAAAAAGGUCCCGCUGUAGUUUAAUACCACUUUCUAAAGGACUUUAAUACCUACAUGUGGCCCAGGUGUGGAACAUUGCCCCUGAUUCCUCCCUGAUACAUGCUCGACAUGAACAAAGCCUUUGAUCCAGGGCACAGAUGUAUUUCCCCCAUAAACAAAACACAAUGUCCGCAUGAAUCAUUCUGUUUAUGCUUUUAUGAGGACAUGAAAUGGUUUGCUGUUGUCGACCUCAUCGUUAAGAAACAAAACAUUGUUGUGAGAAUCUUGUCAGUAGUUAACAAGCUGUGUGUGUGUGUUUCAUUUUGUCAUGUGGUUAUUGCCGAGAUGCGUGAUAUACACAGGUAUAAGAGAUGUUAACGUGUUCUAAGAUAUUAAAAUACGUCAGUAGAUACCCUCCGUGUCUAAAUGAGACUACGAGCGUCCUCACCAGACCACACGUCCUCCUUUAGUGGUGGAGACGUGAAGUCAUGUGACCGUGGUGGAGCGCCUCUAUAGCCCUAUAACGGGUUCUGCCGAUAGCAUUCAAGAAUUUCUUGCUGAACAAAAUAUUUAAGUACCAUGAACAUUUGCCGCAGAGCUUAUUUUCUGCAAUAAUCCAGAACCCAAUGGGGAACCAGUGUGAUGCUGCCUGGAAACCAACAGACGUCCUCUCUGCACCACUCUAUUGCAGAUCCUCCAAAACAUGAUUCCCUUUCCUCAUUCACAUUCACACAUGUGAUACAAAUGCUAACUUGCACCGUGUAUUUAUUUCUUAAAAGAUUUUCUGCUCUUCUGUGCAUUUUAUUCUCCUAUUCUUUGUUUCCACGAUCUGUUCUGUAUCCUUUUGUUACCCGGAUGUAUGGUGGUGGCGGUUACUGUAGUGAUGUAUGAUGACGCCAGGUCAUCGCCGAUUUUGUUUUUUACGGAAAUUGUAAUUAUUUCUAAAUAUUCUGACAAAUAUUUCGGCACAUGCGCGGGAAAUAAAUACUUCUCAGUUGCAAUGCAAAA